CUCUCUUUGCCUCACAGAACAUUGACAGACUGCCACAACACAACCUAUCGCACCUCGGCGCGCACGCACACACCAAGGACUAUUAUGGACCUCCAUCGGAACACUGUGUUAAACCAAAUGGAUUACAGUGAAGAUCCGAAGGAGGUGAAGUCGUCUCAGCUGACGGAGGACCGCCUCGACAGCGGCAUAGACUCGCUGAAAGAGGAGGAGUACCAGGCUGUGGCGGCCGAGAUCCAUCGCCUCCAGUUGGACUGUGAGCACAAACAGCCCGCCGCCGUAACCGGAGAGCCGCUGCAGGAAUGGCAAACACAGAUCACGGAGGAAGGGGACACGCUGCUUCACUUGGCUAUCAUCCACGAAGCCAAAGAUUUCACCCAAAAAAUGAUUAACAUGACAAAGAACACAGACUUCCUCAAUGCGCAGAAUGACCUGAGACAGACUCCCCUCCACCUAGCGGUUAUAACUAACCAGCCAGAUGUGUGUUACGGCCUCAUCGUGUCGGGCUGUAACAUCACAGUGGUGGACAACAAUGGGGACACACCUCUUCACAUUGCUUGUCGUCACGGCAACCUGCAUUGUUUCAGUGCUAUUACACAGAACUGCCGCCCAGAGCAGCUACACACGGCGAUGGCGACCUGGAACUAUAAUGGUCAAAACUGUCUUCACUUGGCUUCCAUUUAUGGUUUCCUGUUGCUGGUUGAGAAAAUGGUGGAUCUCGGGGCUGACAUAAACACGAGGGAGCAGCACAAUGGUCGUGGUGCGCUGCAUCUUGCUGUAGACCAGCAGAACCUCUGCCUGGUCAAACUGCUGCUAAAAAAAGGGGCAGACCCCAACCUUCUGACCUCUGGAGGCUACACCCCGUACCACCUCACCUACGGCUUAGACAACUGCGACAUCAGAAAAGAGCUGCACCCGUUGACCCAUCCUGAUCUGAGGGAACUUCCCGACAGCGACUCUGAGAACAGCGAGGAAGAUUCAGACGAGGAGUUCGAUGAGGGGGUUAUGUAUGAUGACAUCAAGUUGAACGGGCAUUAGCAAGAAACGGAAGCAAAGUUGUCAUAGAGGCGCGAGCCGCAACGAUUGAUGACAGCAACAAAAGAGACAUGGCACUACAUGUAGGAUUUCUGCAGUGCGGCUCCAGAAGGAUCAGCGACCAGAAUGCCGAGGCUGGUGGCGUUGACGCCUCUUCGGAAAUGGGACAAGCAGCUACUGAGUCAGGCUGGAUGGAUCAAACCUAAUGCUAUAGGAGAGAACUGCUGGCACUGCAAGUCAUUGACAUAAAGAAAAUAAAACCCAAGCGGCUGUACCUGUAACAGCCCUGUUGUAUGAUACUGUAAAUGCUGUGUAUACAAAGAUGUAUUUUUUAUGAAAGCUGUGAACAUGUACAGUUGAAGCGGUUGUAUAUGUCAGACAGUGAACAGUUUGAGUGAACUCCAGUUAAAUUAAAACACUCAUAUUUAACAAAAA